AUGGACGCGACCGCGGCGGCGGCCGGAGGAGGAGAUGGGACGCAGAGGACACUGAACCCUUAUGUGACUGGUAACUCGGUGAUUGCAAUGAAAUACAAGGAUGGUGUGAUCAUGGCAUGUGAUACUGGAGCCUCCUAUGGGUCAACUUUGCGAUACAAGAGUGUGGAGCGUAUCAAGGCGGUUGGAAAGCAUAGCCUUAUUGGAGGGAGUGGGGAGUUCAGUGAUUUCCAGGAGAUUUUGCGCUAUCUGGAUGAAUUAACUUUGAAUGAUCAUAUGUGGGAUGAUGGGAACUCAUUGGGCCCCAAGGAAAUCCAUGCCUACCUGACAAGAGUAAUGUACAACAGGCGCAAUAAGUUUGACCCUCUAUGGAACUCCCUGGUGCUUGGUGGAGUGAAAAAGGGCCCAAAGGGCGAUGAGAAGUAUCUUGGCAUGGUUAACAUGAUUGGUACACACUUUGAGGAGAACCACAUUGCCACUGGAUUUGGGAACCAUAUGGCAAUCCCAAUACUUCGUGGUGAAUGGCGCGAGGACAUGACUUUUGAAGAAGCCGUUAAGCUGAUUGAGAAGUGCUUGCUGGUCCUGCUGUACCGUGACCGGUCAUCCAUCAACAAAUUCCAGAUUGCCAAGAUCACGACCGAGGGAUCAACCAUCUACCCGCCGUAUGCUCUGAAGACCAACUGGGGGUUUGCCGCCUUUGAGAACCCGUCCAAGGGUGCUGUAGGAACAUGGCUUUCCAUUCUCGAAGAAUGGUGGAACUCGAACAUUAGCAACAAGGACACGACCUCGCGCAAGUGUUCGGCCAGGUUUUUCCCCAGCCCAAAGUGGCUAGGUCCAUGUGUAUAUGAUGUACAACCAUUGUUUUAUUUAGUUGAAAUAUCAAGCUGGAAGGGACUUUCACUGUUUCGGGCCCUCGCCGAUGCUCCCGCCCAGCCGCGACAUUCAAAUCAGACGUCGCAUCAAGGAGGAGUUGCCAUCCCUGUCGUGCAUCAAGGUAGAGCUGUCAUCCCCAUCGUGCAGCCGUCUCUGCCACGACAAAGAGUUGGCCCCGCCAUCAUUGCCCUUCUGGUAGUCCGGGAGCUAGUGCACCUAGUUGCCGUCAAGAAGGAGGACCUGCCCUCCUUGGCGAUCGUCGAGGCAAACGACCACCUAGCCUACUAUUGGGGAACGUAG